GAUUGGGUUUUGUUGUGAAUGGAGAAAAUGUAAACAAUCCACACGCUAUUAUUUUGCUUCAAACAAAUCCUAAUGAUAGAAGUUAAACAUUACGAAUUGAUAUAGUAAACGGAAUUUCUCGUGAUUGUUAUUAUUGAGAUAAGGAAAGCAUCAUCCAGUGAUCGAGAACUCUUUUCACUCUCUUAUAACCUCGAAAAAGAACAGCUGAGAAUGGAUAUUAGUGUCCUGAAGAACUGGAGUGCAUAUGCGAAGGAAUAUGACCCCCUGAAAGCUGGUAGCAUCGAUGGCACUGACACAGUGGCACACGACAGAGCAAUUACCAGAGCAAUUAACUCUCAUUACGAGCCCCCGAAAAGCUUGAAAUCUCAUCCAUCUCGCACAUUAUUUGUCGCUCGAUUGGGACCAAAAAUUGAUAAACAGGAUUUGACAGAUUUGGUGAGGUUAAAUCCGUGAAACUAAUCGUCGACAUAGUAACAGGGGAGUCCCAGGGUUAUGGAUUCAUCGAGAUGUCCAGUGAGGAGGAG